AUGAACGAUCAGCCAAAGGAACAGUUUGCGCGAAACAUAGUUAAAGUGAUUCUAUACAGCAGUGCUAUACUACUAAACAUGUGGCUACUCUUCGUGUUAUGGCGGGAUCCAAUGAAGCGAUUCCGAAAUUCGCCUUCCUUUAUCAUCGCUAAUUUAGCAUUGGUUGAUAUUGUCGCCGCCAUUGGGGGACUUGGAUCGUUCGCCGUCAUUUUCAUGUGUAAUACGUGUGUAGAUAGUCACAAAUUAUUCGGAUGUAUACAAACUGUUGGUCUACAAAAUUCGUUUGUUUUUAUAACGCUGUUGGCUUUCGAUCGCUUCCUUGCAAUAAGCCAUCCAUACAGAUACAACAUGAUUUUUGGUAACAAACGUUGUGGUGCUUUCCUUUGCAUCCUGGGUUGGGCGAUUGGUUUAACUUUGGGUCCUUCCGUACAUUAUCUUGAGUUAAAAGGGUCAAACCAUUCACUUGUUCUUCACAAACUGUAUGUGAUUAAUGUUGCAGUUCUGGCUAUGAUAACAGCUACACUCUAUCCUUUGAACUAUUACAACUAUUUGCGCAAGAAACGGUUUUUGAGUGCAUCGAUACAUCCAGACCAAGCAAUGGAAGAUCUACGAUUAGCUCAAAAAUUGAGUGUGAGUUCAAUGAUUGCAGCUACAGUACUGCUCGCCUAUAUGGCUCCGUAUAUUAUUACCCUUGUAUAUUCUUUGAACAAUUGCAUGAAAUGUCUCACCGAAGAAAGAUUCAGGAAGUUUUGGGUCAACUAUCAAGCUGUAAUUGGCCUUAUACUGCUCAUUAAUCCAAUAAUCUAUGCCUGGAGGCUACCACUGUACAGAAAGUCUUCAAUAGUAGUCGCAAAAGACCUCCUCAAUAUGAUUAAAAGGAGGAGAACAGCCAACCAAUCUUCAGACAACAGUAAUAACACCAGCAGCAGAAUUACAACCAUGCUAACGAGUUCCACAGCAGGAACGAAUGAUGUGAAUGUCUCCAUGAUAUAGUUUUGCCAAACUUUAUCUAUUUUAAUCAUUAUUCUUCUAGAGAAGGAGAGUUAUUUAGUUGAAUCCCAGAAAAGGGUAUUUGUCAAUCAACACCUUUCCACAAAGAGUAAGGGUAACUUUCUGGAAUGGAAUGGCUGCUUUAUAUCAUUAUUUUACAAUCAUGACAAUUUCUUAAUAAUUAUGAAACUAUAAUAUUUCUGGUUAGUCUUCAUGUCAAUUUGAAGAAUAUUGAUGACUUGUUCAGCGUUAAUCAUUUUGUGCUUGUCUUUGCUGCUUAUACUCACAGAUUGUAGCAAAGCUUAAUUAGUUAGCAAAUUAUAGAUUCGGUUCAUUUUUAGGUGCAAACAGCGAGUCAUUUCUCGAUUCCAGAAUGGUAUAUGAACCAAUAAAAAACGUUAAG